ACCACUCUUAACCCUUUUCAUAGAUCAUAGACAAGGUCUAUUCCCUUUCCCUCAAGCUCUGAGAUUGAUACUUUGAAAGUUGAGCUACUCUCCAUGGCUUCGAGGUCUCUCUGGUCUCUUCUCUUCGUCAUGUUAGUCUUGUUUGCAUCUGAGGAGAUGAUGGUGCAAGUUAAUGGGACAUACUGUGGGGGGAGAAGCAAGACAUUCAAGGGACUGUGCUUGAGUAACGAAAAUUGUGCUAAUGUGUGCCGUACAGAGGGUUUCACCGGCGGCCUUUGCACAAAAAUCUUUCGUCAUUGCCACUGCGAAGCGCCUUGUGAUGGAGGACCAGCAGCACCGAUGCCACUAACGCCUUUUUGAAAUUGUAACCUUUGAGAAACUUGAUCAUGAGGGCUGACUCUCUCUCUCUCUCUCUCUCUCUCUCUCUCUCUAUUUAUCAAGUGUAGUUACAAGCUAUACUUAAAUAAAAGUUAUUUCAAAUAAAUGCUUCUCCUUGGGUUUGUUUCUA